AUGCCUACCGACUACAGCUCAUUGAAGGUACCCGAGCUCAAGAAGCUACUCCAGGAGAGAGGCCUUCCUGCAACGGGCAACAAGCUGGACCUUGUCAACCGCCUCAAGGAGAACGACAAACAAGCCGCACCUGCCACCGCAGAGGAGGACGAGAUCGAUUAUAGUGACGACGAGCCCGCGGCCACCAAGCCUGCUGAGGCACCAAAGACCGCUGCUGCCACUGAAGCUGUUCCCGUCGUCGACGACUCUGCACCCGCCUCUGCGUCCGCCACAGCUGAGCCCACCGCCGCCGCCGCCGACGUCGCAGAGCCCGCUGGGGCCGCACCCGACGUCGCGCCCGACGCCGAGACCACUGGCGAAGAGGAUAAGAAGCCCGAGGAGGCCGCAGAGACCGCAGACGAGGCGCCAAAGGAGAACUUUGCUCUCAACCUCAACGCGACCGACGCAGCAGCAGAGGCCAAGAAGCGCGCAGACCGCGCCAAGCGCUUCGGCAUCGACGAGGACGAGGAGGCCAAGAAGAAGGCCGAACGCGCCAAGAAGUUCGGCGUCGAGGUUGGCAGCGUCGCUGGCCUCGAUUCGGCCCUGCCAGAGAGGCGUCCCAAGCGCGGCCGUCCUGAACACGCAGAAGAGCAGUCCGGACGUGACGCCAAGCGGCAGAGCACCGAUGGUCGUGGAGGAGAUGGCCGUCGCGGCCGCGGCAACAGAAACGGACAUCCUGGUGGACGUCAAGCUGGCGGCGGCGACCGCGGCAACCGCAGCGGUGCCCGCGAUACCAGACGCAGCGCUGCUAUUGACCCCGCCGAGAAGGCGAAGCUGGAUGCCAGAGCAAAGCGGUUCGCCGCCUGA